GAGACAAGAGAAGAUAGAUGGCGGAGGCCGUCAUUGGGCCGCUGCUGGGGAGGAUCCAGCAGCUGGUGGUGAGCGAGGGUAGGAAGUUGGCGGCUGUAAGCGAGGACAUUCAGAGCCUCCGUGACAAGCUCAUCCUCAUUCAGGCCUUCCUCUGGGAUGCGGACCUUCGCCGUCGUGCAAUGUCCGACGAGUUCACACGAGCAUGGGUGCAGCAAAUCCGAGAUGCCGUGUUUGACGCACAGGAUUCUAUCGACCAAUACUUCUUCAGGGUGGACCUCUCGAGGGUGUGACACUUCAUCACCACGUCGUCCACACGCCUAUGGCCUCUGCCGGGUGUAGGUACUUGUAGAUGGCGAAGGCUCCCUUGCAGCGAGCGCGCACCAACCAUCAAUGGUGAUGGCGACGGGGAGAAUGAACAUGACCGUUGUGACGGAGAAGCGACGCGUGGCGAGUGGAACUCCGGCACCAUCCGUCGUUCGAGCUAGCGGCACGCACCAGUGGCACGGCAAUCAGGGGUCAGGACGGGAUGGGACGGGACACUUGAGCUGGGUCCAUGGUUCAAUCCAAGGGGACUAGCAGACGGCCAAAAGCAUUGCCGUUUUUCCACUUUCUAGAUAUUCCAAUAGAGACUUUCAUCCCUUGCCAUGCUGUGGGAUUAUCAUGAGGCUCCACGCAAUCACAACUUGAUGGAGAAAUUCUCUAUAGGUUUGAUUAAAUUUGAUCAAAUUUAACUUAGGAUAAAUAUAAUACAACCUUUAGCCUACCACUAAACCUCGAAAAGAAAAUUUGCACAUCUACUUGGGCUUGGGCUUGGGCUUAUAUAUACCUGCUUGAGCCUAGGGAAGAAGAAGCAGGCCCAGUUGAGCUCGACGCCGAUGCUCCGUGUUUGAACCGCAACAUACGAAACAAUCUGUAGCUAUAAUCAUGGUGAACUUUGGUGCCCGUUUGUGUAUGCACGCGUGUCAAGGAAAAGAGCGUCAGAAAUACUUGAAGAUGUUCGUGAGGACUGAAAAAAUGGGGAGCUAGCCCUAUAAACCGAGUUCAAAACAGAUCUUUUUUUGAUACAACCCAAGCCCAAUUUACUUGCGCGGGCCCUCCAUUCGUGCGCUUACGUACGAUGGCCCAAAUGGAAAAAGAAAACGCAUCAACACAGGCCCAUGUACGUGGUGGCACCAAAUCCAAAUGAGUGCUAGGCUGCUUGCUUGCCGUCAUCCUGUGAAAUAAAAAAAAAUCCAAAAUUUACAAUAUAUAUAUAUAUUAAAGAUUUGUUUGUUUGCCUCAUAGAUUAUUUAUAUAAUCUGAUUUACGGUU